AUGACAAGAGACUUGCGAACACAGAACACAACAGAAGAAGGGCCACCACCUACAUAUCGACUCGUGUUCUCAUGCAUGCCUGCUUGUUACAAUAAUUUUCAAAAGUUAUCCUAUAAGUUUAACUGGGAGAUCAGUAAGGUUGAAAGAACAACUGUCCCGAUCAGCACCACCAUGCGAGACAUGCCCAUGCAUGAAAUGAAGAAAAAGGUGCAUAACAACUGGAACAUACCAACAAGCAACCUUACCAAUAAAAUGAAUAAAAUAAAGGGGCCCAUCAUACACGAAUCAUCCUCGCAUGCAAGUUCCACCUCUUCGCAUGUCACCUCAACUUCAUCGCAAACCGUUUCAUCUGGAAAGAUUGAACAAGCCAACAAAAUCAACUUUAGUGAACUUUUGAAAGAUCCGGCUUUUGUUAAACAACUUUACCAAUUCCUCUUACAAUUUCAUCAAACGUCACAAAGCAGCACUUCACAGAUAAACCAAGAUGUCACUUCCAAACAAGCCGUAAGUUCUAGUCAAACCGUAAGUUCCAUCCAAAAGGUCAGUUCCAGUCAAAGUUCCGGACAGGCCGCAAACUCCGAUGAAACUCUGAAUUCAUCAAAAUCUGGAGUCGACUUCAAAGGAAUUUUCAACAAUCCCUCAUUCUUGAAUUUCCUCACUUCAUUUUUUAUCCAGAGCCACAAAGAAACAAGUCAACCUCCAGUACAACCAGCUACAGAAGUUAGUAUCAACAAAGUUGAUACUACACAAGUAUCCCAUGUCUCGGUUGCCCAGUCAACCUCUUCCAGCCAGUCAAACCAGGCGAAUAGCGAAUCUCAAAUUUCACAAAAUCAAGUAUCAACCAGCCCCCCAAUCAACGGGCAUUCUAGGCCUCAAGUAAUAGAAGUCGACAACUCCCAAAAUCAAGUAAUUUCUGAAAACAAUCAAGGAGCCUCCGUUGUCACGGUAACCAACCAAAACCAAGUUGUCAGCCAAAACCAAGUUGUGAGUAAUAACAACCAAGGAACCAGUAAUAACCAAGUUUCAUCUAUAGCAUCAGUGAACAACCAAAAUUCUGAGAUCAGCCAGACCCAUAUAGUGAACAAUCAGAACCAAGACAACUCUCAAAAUCAAGUUAUUUCUGAAAACAGUCAGGGAACCUCAGUUGUCACAUUGACUAAUCAAAACCAAGUAGUCAGCCAAAACCAAAUUGUGAGCAACAACAAGCAGGAAACCAGUAAUAACCAGAUUUCAUCCGUAGCUUCAGUGAACAACCAAAAUUCUGAGAUCAGCCAGACCCAUAAAGUGAACAGUCAGAACCAAGACAACUCCCAAAAUCAAGUUAUUUCUGAAAACAGUCAGGGAGCCUCAGUUCUCACGGUAACCAACCAAAACCAAGUGGUUAGCCAAAACCAGGUUGUGAGCAGUAACAACCAGGAAACCAGUAGUAACCAAGUUUCAUCAGUAGCAUCAGUGAACAACCAAAAUUCUGAGAUCAACCAGAACCAUAUAGUGAACAACCAAAACCAAGAGAUUGUGAGUAACCAAGCUUCCUCUCUUGUCAACGAGAAGCAAGAACUUGGAAAUAAUCAAGGUUCGUCAGUUUUGGUGAACAAAGAGAAUACUCAGAACCAAAUAGUGAGUAAUAAAAUCGAAACCACGAACGAACAGAUAACAACCGUAAUAUCAGUGAGCAACCAGAAUUCUGAAAUCAGUCAGAAUAAUUCAGAUCAGAUAAGUGUGAACAAAGAAGAUGCGGUUGUCUCAGUGAAUAAUGAACAUCAAGAAACCAGUCAGGAUCAAGUAUUGAAUGAUAAAAGUCAGGAAAUAGUGUCCAAUCAAGUUUCUUCCGUAGUCUCAGUGAACACCCAAAAUUCAGAGAUCAACAAGGAAGAUUCUCCUGUCGUCUUGAUAAACAAUAAAAAUGAAAAAGAGGGUGAAGAGCAGGUGGUAAUUAGUGGAAAACCAGAAAGCUUAAACAACCAGGUUUCAUCUGUAGUCUCAGUAAGUUCCAAAAAUUCAGAAACCAUUCAGACCACUGCAGUGAACAAUCAAAAUAACGGAUACGUAAAACCUGUGCACGAAUCACAAGUCUCAGUAAACUCCAAAGUUGAUGAAAAUAAUAGUCAGGUUUCAACUGUUGAAGAAGGCAAUAAAAACAUUGGGCAGGGAUCCGUCACACAAAAGUCGUCACAAAUUACUUCAACUUCUUCACAAAGCAUUUCAGGCAGCCAGAACGCACAAGCCAACAAAAUCAAAUUCAGUGAACUUAUGAAGAACCCAACUUUCGUUAGAACUCUUCACGAAUUCCUCCUGCGACUCCAAGGAUCAACCUAUACAAAAAGCAGUACCUCCAAGGUAAGCCAAGCUCAGAGUUCCGGAAAAAACGACGCAGAGGCUUCUGGAAAAUUCAAAUUCGACUUCAAAGGGCUCCUCAGCAACCCUUCAUUCUUGAAUUUCCUUUCAUCAUUUUUAGUUCAGAACAACAGAGAAACAAUUCAAAUUGGAGUUCCAGCCAAACCUUCUGAUUUAGCCGCCUCCAUCAAGGAAAAUACCUCGCAAGUAUCGGCUACUGAUUCAUCCAGCAAAUCUCAAAGUUCACAAGAUCAAGUAUCCAACAGUCAAACCAGCCAGAAACAAGUUGUGACAAAUCACAACCAAGAAAUUGUACACAACCAAGUCAAUCAAAAACAAGAAAGGGAAAACAAAAAAGAGUCAUCUGUGGUUUCAGUGGUCACAACAAAAAGGGAGAUCAGUAAAACCCAAGUAGUAAACAACAAAAACCAGGCUGUUGUAAACGAUGCUCAGCAAACCUCCAAGGCCCAAAAUAUUCAGGAUGUCUCUGGUGACAAUUCAGUACCUAUUAUCGGAGACAGAUACGGUGAAAGCGAUGUGUCAGUGAAUCAAGUGAUUGUACCUGAGGUGGUAUCAGAAAAUAAUGCCCAAUCUUCACAAGUUAGCACUGUUCAAGGAACUUCGAACUCGAAUUCAGAUCUGUCUGUCACUCUUAGCGAAGAUCUACUUAAACAGUUGAUAGAAUGGGCCCAAGUAAAUUCUGGAAGUGUGAGUGAAGGCCAAGUGAACUCUGUGGUACAGGUUCCCACUGUUCCAACGCCAGUACUUGCCACUACAACCCCAUCCGUUUCUUCAGCCCUUAACUUUCAUGAUACCAACUCUGGAUCUAUUUCUUCACAAGUGACGAAUCUUCAAAAACAGGCUUACAAUGAAGCAGAAGAGAGAAGGAUGGCACAAAACGCUAGAUACGAAUUCGCUUCUUUGGUGAAGAACGAAAUCGCAGGUAACUUCCAAGAGAGAGCCGAGAUCAGAGAAGGAACGAAAGUCUAUGGCAAAUAUUCCUAUGACGAUAGCUUUCAGUUCAGAACUGUGUACUACGAAGCAGAUGAAAAUGGUUAUAGAGUAAUAAAGGAAGUCGUCAGCAAAUCAAAAAUGACAAAAAAUCCAGAGGGUGUUGUUGAUGUCCGAUCCCUCAACAAUGGCCACAGACUGAAUUACCGCAUUACGAAGAAAGACAUCCCUGAAACUUCCCAAAAAAGGAAUCGUAAGACUGGAGUGAGAGUGUAG